UCAACCAACACGGCAUCCUGUUCUGUCCGCAGCAGUGUGCCUGUUCUUCCCUGGAUAUGUACCAUUUCUCCUCUGCAGUAACUCAGGCGGACGUAUUUUGACGGAGGCUGACCAGGGCGUCCGAGGCAGCGCAUAACACGGAUUCUUUGAAGUGACAGCGUCGUCAUAGCAGACUGGGUGUGCACCUUAGGAGCGGCUCCGGGAAAGUGGAAUGCUGUCGAGGCGCCUCUUCAGCAAGCGAGUGGAGGGUCUUUUCCUCGUUUUCGAUGAAGAGCUUCUUCCAUUCGGACUACGGGUGAUAGAGUGACGUAGGUAAAUAAAUGAACGAUUCAGUGCGAUGCCACAGGCGUUGCUGCCUUCGCACGAGUUGUGGUGGCUACCUAUAUUGCUGGCGAUCGGUUCAGCCUCUGCAAGUUUCAAGGUCAAAAUGCCUUCUCGGAAUUGGGUCCACCGUGUAGACGAGAUAUACCUCCCACCGCAGUACACAGUCACUCUCAGCAUGGGUGUAGGACCUGCCCUUUCCACCAGACUCAUCACCAACUGCAGCGUCUCGCAUCACGGAGAUGGCGGCCUGGUCAUCUCGGGACACAAGUGCACGCGGGUCCCUAAAGUCAACACCAACAUCCUCGGGGGACCACCGUUGGCCAUCGCGGUGUACCACACUUCGAUAACGUACCUCACGCCCAGAUCCUUCACCAGUUACAGCCCCACCGAGCACAUAACCAAAGUUGAGAUAAUUCAAAAUAAGAUCACCACUGUCGAGUCGCAUGCGUUUCAAGACCUCAGCAACGUCACGUUCCUCAGCCUGACGGAUAACCCAAUCAGGUUCUUGUACAGUGAGUCAUUCGCAGGGCUGGUAAACCUUAAAGAGCUCAUUUUGUUCCGAACCAGGAUCACCGAAAUUGCGUCAAUUAUCCGAGCCAUCGUUCCUCGGUUCGUGCCAAACCUGGAGAUUCUUAACCUCGGAAGCACGCCUAUCUGGAGGAUAACGGAAACGGACUUUGCGCCUUUAGCUAACUCAACAAUAAAACACGUGCAACUACACCUGUGUGAUAAUCUUACAUAUGUGCAUCCCAAAGCUUUCAGGUACUUCAAGUAUCUGGAAGGAGUCUAUUUCCGCGACAACCUCAACAUGUCUCAGCAAAACCUACAGGAUGCCAUCUCCAACAUUACUCAAGAGACGUUCAAGAUAAUUGAUAUAUCACAGACUGAGUUCUACAAGGGCAUGCCAUAUGAUGUGCUUCGUGCAGUUGCUCAAACAAGUGCAGAGGUGGUUAUCAUAACCAGAAGCACACGAGGCGUGAUUUCUAAGAAGGACUUUCCGUUGAUGAGCAAGGUUAAGUACUUACUGAUGCCAGCUACGAAGAUCAAAGUUUUCAGACCCGACGCUUUCGACAAUUUGCCCAACUUAGAAGGGCUUGCUUUCGACCGCAACCAAUUUCCUGUAGUUCCCUUGGGAGUGCUUAUACCUCGCUUGAAAGUACUGGACCUCAGCGGCUAUGACAGAGGAUUGAUACAGCUUGACCUUGGAGAAGGCAUACUUGGUAAAAUGACCAACUUGAGGGAACUUCUAAUGCGUUACAGAGCCCUGCCAUCGUUCACCGCAAACACAUUCCGAGGCCUCAAAAAGUUGGAGUACCUCAACAUUAAAAAGUGUUCAAUCGACAGUCUUCCUGAAGGAGUUUUUAGUCCUUUGAAGAGCCUUCGGUACCUUGAUCUCAGCGAGAACCCUAUCUUCAGCACCAGCACAGGUUCUGCUCGCGUAGUCCUUCAUAGCAUGUACCAUCUUCAUACCCUUCUACUCUCGCAAACUGAACUUACGGACAUACAUACAUCCAUCGCGCUGGGAGAUAUGCCAGGCCUAACGGCGUUGGACAUUUCGAAUAACAGCAUCAGUGCAAUAGCUGCCGCGACUUUCGGCAACAAUCCUCUCUUAGAGCACCUUGACUUGAGUCUCAACAAACUGGAGGAUUGGACUGUUAAAAAUGAGUCGUCUCCUAGUCUCCGCGUCCUGGACCUCUCCUUCAAUGAGUUCCAGGCGUUUAGCACCGAUGCCUUGAACAGUUUGUCUUCGCUGUCCUGGCUCGACCUCUCCAUGAACCCCUACCGAUGCAGCUGUAAUCUCCGCCCGUUCCUGUCUUGGCUCAGGAACACGAACGUCACAGUGCAUACGCUGGCGUAUGCAGAACUGUAUAGAUGUUCAACGCCACGCCAGUUUAGUCUUAGAUACAUUAUGUCUACGGAAGCGUCGCUGCUAAAGCUUUGCCAACCAAGCGUUAUCAUCAUUAUUGCGUGUGUUGGUUUGCUACUUCUAGUCUUUGCUGCACUUCUAGUUGGAGGUCUCAUCUACAAACGAAGGUUUAAGUCCUGGCUGAAAAACCCACCAUCAGUUUCGAUGACAGCUAAGAAGACAUACUUAUAUGACGCCUUUGUAUCCUACAGCAACAACGACACUGCCUGGGUAUUCAACGUCCUGUUGCCACACUUGGAAAGCAGCGCCAUUGGAAAUCUCAAGCUCUGCGUUUACGACAGAGAUUUUGUUGCUGGAAAGAACAUCAGCGAAUGCAUUUUAGACAGCAUCAAGCACAGUCGAAAAAUCGUCUUAGUUCUUUCGAACAGUUUCCUUCAGAGCCCGUGGUGCCGGUUCGAAACGGACCUGGCGCAGUACACGUUGCUCGAGGAGAAUAGGGACGCCAUCAUUCUGCUGAAGCUGGGCGCCUUAGACGAGAGGUUAAUUUCGCCAAAGCUGAACUAUUUGCUCAGAACUCGGAUACACUUGGUGUGGUCGGAGUCACCAAAGGAAGAAUGUGUUUUCUUCACGAAGCUGCGCAGAGCUAUAGAUGGAACGCGUUCAUCGUUGUUAGAAAAGCUGCCAAAGAAAUCAAAACUAACCUUAUUUGCGUUCGUCAAACACAAGACCGGCUGGGGACUGACCAAUGGGAUUGUCUGAGUUGUCGCAUGCUGGAAAGUACCGACUGACGUGCUGUAUGCGUUAGUGCGACGUCAUUCGCUGACAUGCUUGUUUGCAACGCAGAUGUCCUAUAAUAAACUAGAGAGAGACCGAC